AUGCAACAGCUCCCGUUACUACAUGCCAUCGCUCAGGUGUCCGUUCUAGGAGCGCUUUACAAAUGGGGCAUCGAGCGGUUCAUGGACAAGGACCUUGAUGUUCGUGUGCAGCAUGGCAUCGCGGCUUGCUGCAAGGCAGUCAUGAUUCAGCAUGCACAAGUUGCAAAUUACGCACUGUCUGAAAGGCUUGGAGCCCAAGGCCUCUUCAAAUAUAACCAGCUGUCCAACUUUUAUAGCAAGAUGAGGGGAGUUAGCAUCGCUGAAGGUGACAUUUUAGGACUUUCCAUGUAUACCCUGGCACAAACGUACAAGUUACCUCUCUCGACACACCCAGAUGGACCCCUUGCAAUGCACGAAAUCUCGUUAUUUGACGAGGCAACAGAGACAGUUUCCUCCUCAUCCGACUUCACGCAAGCGUUCAUGCAAUAUGUGCAGCUGCGCUGUCAGCUGAUGGUCGAAUCCAUGGGACACUGCAUGGCCUAUGACGCCACUGUCGACCAAGGGGUCUCCCAAUGUCUUGUCGAUCUGUAUCUCAUCAAUGCGAUCAAGACAGAUGCUGUGUGGUAUGUAGAACGCGGCAUGUUUACACGGAAGGCUAUUGUGCAUAUGGAGGACGUUGCAUUGACAGCAGCUUUGCCUCGCCUGGACAAGUUGCUCGCUGCGAUGGAGGUUGAGCCAUAUGUGUCGUCACCCAUCAUAUCAGAUAAGUGCUGGGAGGAAUUCACCGAGAUGUUACCUGUCUAUAGCUCCCCUCAAGUUGAGGUGCCAGCACAAUUGACUUUGGUUUUGGAGCAAGCUUGA